GUAGGAGCUACUAACCACCUCCUAUUUUCUCUCCCUUUAUCUCCACUCUCUCUAGUAAUCAGCCGACUCAUUUGUCCUCUCUUUGACUUAGUCGAAUACCUACGAAAUACACGUGAAGAAGACAAAACAUACCAAAACUUUAGGAAAGUUUUAUGGAGUUAAAAAUUAACUCCAACAGAUUUCAUUUCUUGAACUGUUUCUUUACACGGUGAACUAAAUGAGCCGAAAAGCCGCUUCAUCUGCAUUUCAACUUAUUCCAAGAGGAAUUUUGGUUAAAUCUUCGCAUAUAUCCACUACUUUCCCCCCUUCACUCACGGAUUCCUGUUCAAAUUUCCAUAAUAUCGGCCACCCUUUCUCGCCGAAACCUGCAAUAGACUUCAGCUGUAUCAAUAAACUAGAUGAUGCUCUCUGCCUGUUUCAACAAAUGGUUAGAAUGCGACCGCAGCCAUCUGUCCGGGUAUACAACAAACUGUUGACUGUUAUUUCUAAGAUGAAGCACUACUCCGUUGCACUCAACGUGUUCGAUGAAAUGCGUCAAACGGGUGCUCCUGUAAAUGAGUUCACUAUGAACAUCUUGAUUGAUUGUUGUUGCCUUUCAAAUCGGGCACACUUCGGGUUUGCUAUAUUGGGCAGCUUCUACAAGCGCGGCUACGAGCCUGAUGCUACCACAUUCAGCACUCUGAUAAAAGGGCUGUUUUUGGAUCACAAGGUUGCUGAGGCCGAGAAGCUGUUCAAAAAGAUUCUGAUUUUGAAAUUUUGUGAGCCUAGUGAUGUUAUGACUCUCACUGUGAUUAAUGGGCUCUGUAAAGCCGGACUUGCUGCUACUGCGCAUGAGUUGCUUCGUAGAUUGGCGAGAACUAGGUGGAAACCUGGUGUUAAGGCUUAUAACGCGGUGAUUGAUACCUUGUGCAAAAGUGGAAUGCUGGAUGAAGCUUUUGAGCUCUUAUCCGUGAUGACUGAAAAGGGUAUUUCUCCCAUUAUCUCCACGUAUAAUCCGUUGAUUCAGGUUUUGUGUGAUGUUGGCAAAUGGGAAGAGGUUAAAGACUUGGUCAAUAAAAUUCGAAGCUCUGGAAUCUCUUUAAAUGUUGUUACUUUCACUAUAGUGGUGAAUGCGUUUUGCAAGGAGGGAAAUGUAGGAGAUGCUGAGGAUCUUAUUGAGAUUAUGAUAGGACAAGAUAUUCGUCUAGAUGUUGUCACGUGCAAUGCAAUUAUAGAUGGAUAUUGUUUACAAGGGAAAAUGAAAAAAGCAGAGGAGGUGUUUGAUUCCAUUGCACGUAGAGGCCUCAAGCCUUCUAUCAUUACCUAUAACAGCUUGAUCAACGGGUACUGCAAGAAAGGGAAAAUGAAUAAAGCUUGGGAUCUUUUUCAUGAGAUUCCUCGUCAAGGUUUGAAGCAUACAGCAGCUACAUACAACACCAUGAUACACGGAUUGUUUGGGGAACGUAGAUUUGAGGAUGGCUGGAAGCUUUUCAAUGACAUGGAAGCUCGGAAAGUAGCUCCAGAUUUAAUUACUUACAGUAUAUUGUUGGACCAUUUGUGUAGGAUGCGGCAAAUUGAUGAAGCAUUCUCACUUCUCCAUACAAUGAAGGAAAAGGGUUUUACUCCAGACAGAGUUACAUAUGGUACUCUGAUUCAUGGAUUAUGCAGAAGUGGACAGCUUGACUCUGCUCUCAGUGUUUUUAAUGAACUCCCUUCUAUAGGUUUGCAACCCAAUAUUAGAAUAUAUAACAUGAUUCUUGGAUCACUCUGUCAAGAAGGAUUUGUGGAGGACGCUAAAUGUCUGCUUGCAGAGAUGGAGAAAAGUGGGUGUGCACCAAAUAGCGUAACAUACAAUGUUAUCAUCCAGGGCUUGCUAAAGAAAGAUGAUGUAUCUGCGGCAAUGCUGUUCUUGGAAGAAAUGUGCGAAAGAGAAUUCUCUGCAGAUGCUGCUACUGCAUCCAUAUUGCUUGAUCGAGUACAAGGGAAAAAUGAAGAUGGUAUUCUUUUUGAAAUGAUUAAGAAAGCUGUGCCUAAAGGAAUUAAUGAAGGAUGAUGAUAUGGUUCUUUUUAUAUGCUGCACAUUUGUAUUUUGAGAUAGCAAGAGUGAAGCUAAAGCUAUGAAGCAAUUUUUUAAGAAAGAGAUCAAUCGCCUAUGGACUUUCCAUGUUUGGAGACAAUGCUGCACAAACCUUAGCUCCCUCAUCAUAUUUUAACUUCCUUGUUUGAAAUCUUGCUAUUCAGAGGAUAUAUUUUGAAUCUUUUUCGAUUCGGAGGUGGCUCAACUUCUAGAUUUGUGGAAGCAAUACAUCAGAGCCAAGAUAAACAAAUAAGUUUUGCCCGGCAUAUCUUAUUCUGGAAUUCACUGAGAAGCAUGAAGAACAACAAACAGCGAAAAAACCAUCAGAAUCUUUUCCGGUGAAGCAUAUUGUUGCUCGAAGGAGCAACAUCAGAUUGUGAAGUUUCAAGCAGACAUCAGCAGAUCAGAUGGAUGGUUUGAAAUGCAAGUGGACGAGUGGGGAGAUAAUCGUUGAGUUGAAGGAUGCCAGAGAAGGCAGUUUUAGUGGCCUCAUUGUUCGAGUGGGUUGACGAAGACUUCACUAUGCUCAAUUCCACUAGGAAAUUAAUCCAAUCAUUCUAAGUGGAAGCAAUGUUUUCUCAAAAAGAAAGGUUAGAAUUCUUUACUGAAUUGGGAUGGGUAAGAACUACGACAACUGGGAAAGGCUGGUGAAGGCUGUCUCCCGCAGGGAGGAAGACAAGCUAUUAGCAUUGACUCAUUCUGUCUCUGCAUCAUCAUCUUCAUCUUCUCAACUCAGUUUUUCUUCGACGUCUCAAUUUGCCCCAGACGCAUGUAAAUUACCAAUGGAAUAUUCCGAUUUAACAGUUGAUCGCAAGGACUGGAAGGCGAUGCUUCCACCUGGGGAACGGGAAGUAGUAUGGAGAUCAUUGUCAAUGGUAGUAUUUUCAUCAUCUUCUCUUUUAAUUAUUAUUUACGCCUUGAGAUAAAUAUUA